UAUUCAGUUAGGUACAAAAUGAAUAUUGUUUGUGUAAUAUGCAGUGAUUUGUUAGUACCUUCUGAUGAUGUUUUUCAUACACCAUGUAGACAUAUUUUUCACUUUGCUUGUGUAACUCAAUGGCUAGAAGGAAAUUUUAAAUUUUCUUUAUGCACAUCAAAAACCUGUCCACAAUGUAGGGAAAAGACUACAUUGAAUAAAAUUCAUAGAAUAUAUUUUAAUUUUGCUAAUAGUGAUAACAUUAGUGAAGAUACAUGCUCAUUGCAAGAUAAAAUUGAUAAAUUAAAUUUCCAGCUUAUGAUGAAAGAGAAGGACAAUAAACAUUACACAGAAAAAAUUAAUACAGUAGAGAAACAAAACAAUGAGUUGAAAAAGGAAGUAAGAAAAGUAGAAAGUGAAAUAAGUGCAAAAAAUAGUGCUAUUUAUGCUCUAAAAGAGCAAAUUAAAUACUUUCAAGAACAAAAUUUGGAGGCAGUGGGGAGAAAAAAAGAAAUGUGCUUUGAACAGUUGCAAAAAAAGAUUGAAAAUUACAAAAAUAUACAAAUACUACUUGAGGCUUCUGCAGAAGAUGUGGAUCAAAUGAUUUCAAGUACAAGUAAUCCAAAUACGCUUAUUACAUAUAUAUCUGUGAUGAAAAGAGAAAUGACAAUUGGUUUAAAUAAAAGAAGGGAAUUAAGAGCUAAAGUAAGAAGUUUGCAACAAGAGCUUACUAAAGUUUCAAUGGAACGAAAUUUUUUGUCUGAAGAACAUGCCAAAGUAAA